UUUUUUAAAAAAAAAUCUUUAUUUUUAUUUUUAUAUUUUCCUUCUUAAGAAGCAACUUGUGAGAAGAUUUUCUAGUCCAAAUAAUGAGGUUAGGAUGGUCUUUGGUAAAUUGGUGUAGUCUUUGAAAAACUAAUUUAGAAUCAACAAACCAUAUUUUAGUUCACUAUGAUAAAGUCUGGUUGCUAUGUUAUAUAUUAUUUGCUAUUUUUGCGAUUCAAAUGUAGUUUUUUUAUUAGGUUAGAAGGCUUGGGAUGUGAAUAAAUGGUUGAGGAAAGUGUUGUGUAUGACUCCUGCUUUCUUUUUUUGAUGCUUGUGGAAAGAGCAUAACAAUUGGUCUUUCAAUGAGGUGGAGGUUUUUGAACAAGGAUUGAAGGAGACUUUGAUCAAAUUUCUUGGGAAUGGUUUAUUGCUCUUUGUUAGAUUUCGUUGAUGGCUUAAGUAAAUGAUAUUAGGUUUUUGUAUGGCUGUUUAUUUUCAUCCUUACAUAUCUAAUCUCUUUUUGUCUAUCAAAGCAUCAUGAUAAUAAUAAUUAUUAUAAUAAUAAUAACAAUGGUAAUAAUUAUAAUUAUAAUAAUUAUAAGAAUAAUAAUAAUAAUUUUAAGUUUGAGUGUCUAAUUAGUCAUGUAUAUGUGUAUGUAUGGUUGAUAUGUAUGAGUUUAUGUGCCACCUUCAAAGUUUUGGCUUUCUAAAUUCAUUAUUAUUUCCUUUCUCAAAGAGAAGAAAAAAUGAAAAAAAGAAAAAAAAAAAAGGAGUUUGAUUUCAACAUCAUAUUCAAGUUCAACAUUUAAUCACUCAAAUAUCUACUCCUUAGUAUUUGCUACAAGAAUAAAUAUUCUUAAUUCAAUCUUUUCACUUAUGAUUCCAAUGAUGUUGCAUUUGAGACUAGAAAAGUUCUAGGGGGAUUUACUUUGAGGGGGUGUUUACUUGAGGCAAGUUGCAACUGGUGAAGUGAUUGACGAUUUACAAGGAAAAAGAGUAAAGGGGCUUGGAAUUAAAGCCUUAUCUUCUCUUUAUAUUGUAUUGCUUGGCAAGGUGGUGUUUGAAAUUUUCACGAGAAAGAAUGUUGCCUCUAAGACUAGAAAAGCUCCAAAGGGAUUUCCUCUGAUGGUGUUCACUUGAGAGAAAAUUGCAUUUGGUGAAGUGGUCGAUGAUCUACAGGGAAAAUGACAAAAGGGGCUUGGAAUUAAAGCCUGAUCUUCUCUUUAUAAAGCAUUGCUUGGCAAGGUGGUGGUUAAAAUUUUCACGAGAAAGGGGGCUAAAGAGUUAAAUUUUGGAAGAAUGAUUUGUGUGAUGAAUCACCCUUUUGUGUAUUUUUUUCUUGAUAGGUACACAUUUCUGUGUAUCUCUCUCCCUUGUGUAUUCUGUAGUUAUGUUAAAAAAUGCCUGGGUUGUAGAUGUUUGAGAUGUUGUGGAUGAGAGGGGUUAUUAGAACCCUUGAUUCCAAAGACAAUUCCUUGAUUUGGAAUAGAAAGCAUAGGGUCUGUCUUUUCAAGGCUUUCUAGAGGGAGGGAUGCUAAGGAAUCGUAGGGAUAUUUUAGUUUGUAGGGGCUCCAAAGAUGGUAAAUUCUCAAUUAAAUCUUUCCUUUUCAGAGUUGGAUGAUGGUGUUGUGUUUCUUAAGAAAGAGGUUUAGGAUUUGUUGGUGCUCAUAAAAAGUUAAUUUUUCGGUUGGGAUGCAGUUUGGACUAAGAUUCUCACUUUAGAUUAGUUUAAAAGGAGGGGUUGUUGUUUUGGAAAUUGAUGCAUUCUUUGCAAAAGUUGAAGAAGAAUCAACUUCUCAUGUUCUCUUACAUUUUAAAAGCAACAAGGACCCUAUGAGAUUUUUUUUUUCCCUCUAUUUUUGGUAUUAUCGGGGUGGUUCCUUCUUCAGUUUGAGAGGCCUGAUUGGGUUAGAAUGAGAAUUUUGUGGGCAAAAAGCAGGGGAAGAUACAGAGAUCUAUGCUAUUGUGUUUAUUUUGGAUUAAUUGGCAGGAGUGCUUUGAAGACGUGGAGUAAAUAGUUCAAGCACUGAAAAAACUUAUUCAAAUGUCCCCUUCCUUCUGGUCAAGAAAGUCUCUUCAUGCAAGAUCUGUCUAUGCUAUGUUUCAUUAAUUGAAAUAAGCUCUUAUUGAUAAGAGGAUGCUGGUUUUCCUUUUCUUUUUCCUCUAUGUGCUCUUUGUACACUUCCCAGACACUUGGGUUGCACCCACCUUGUUAAUAGAUUUAUCUUUGCCUAUUAAAAAAAUCUAUUUCUGAGCACAACUAUGUAGUGUUUCCAUGUAGAAUUGUUGUACCUCUCUUUUUCCCUUUUAUCAGUAAUUUGUAAUCCUAAAGUGCAUUUAAAGAAAUAUAAUAAUUUCAUUAAUGAUUUUUUGUUUUGAAAUUUAAUUUUUCUCAAAAAGUAUUAAACAUAGUGUGGAGUGUACUUUGGAGCGUGUCUUGUAUGUUAUGAUAAACUUAAGAUAUGGUACAUAUCAGGAUGUGUAAUAUUUUACAUAAAACAAAUAUCAUGUCUUACAUUGUAGUAUGCAUUUUAAGUUUUUAAUAACUAUGCUAGCAAAAAUGAUUAAUACUUUAAUGUUAGUACUAUCAUUCAGCAUCAAUUUUUUCCCCUCUGUUGGGGCUUGGUGAAAGGAGGAAAAAAGGUGGAGGGUGGUGGUUUUGGGAGGGUAGGGGAGCUAUUGUACCAUCUUCAUUUGAAAAUUGUAAAUACUAAAAUUAAUAAGGGGGAUUCAUGAAAAUUCAUUUGGUCCUCUCAAUGCUAAUUAAGGAUGAUAAUGAGGUGGGCUUUUUUAGGUGACCUGGCUUUCCCCUUUAGGAUUGACUUGGGGAAAGUGCAGUCUAAAUAGGGGAGGGUUCAAGAAUUUUAUUUCUUAAGCACGAGUUGGGUUGGAGUUAUGUAGGGUUUUAUACUAGUGCACCCUGAUUAUGUAUUAAAGUUACAUUUACACCCCCAAAGAAUCACUUAGUUGCCCAGAACCCACCUAUAAAAGCAAAAUGUUUUCCAUAUCUCAUACUCACUUGUCACAAACACAACCUUCUUCCUUGACGGUGUAGCCCUAACCCUAAGUCAUCAAGUCCCAAUGUCCCAGUCCCAAGCACCAGCAGUCCGGCGCACCCACAGUCGCCAACAUGUUGCCUCAUCAGCUUGUCGCAUUGAUCCUCAUGGUCGAUUUGAUCAACAAAUUGAAGGUGUACGAGUCUACAUACACAUCAAUAAAAAUGAUUUCUCAUAUCGAGAACACAUAAAGCAGGAGGAGGAUGAUAUCACUAUUUGUGAAUGCAAGUACAACACCAAUGAUCCAGAUAGUGCAUGUGGAGAGAGGUGCUUGAAUGUAUUAACUAGCAUAGAGUGCACGCCUCACUAUUGUCCUUGCAGUGUGCAUUGCAAAAAUCAGAGAUUUCAGAAGCAUGAAUAUGCUAAGACAAAGUUGUUCAGGACUGAAGGCCGAGGGUGGGGUCUUCUUGCCAAUGAGGACAUUAAGGCAGGAAGAUUUAUUAUUGAGUACUGUGGGGAGGUAAUUUCAUGGAAUGAAGCAAGGGAAAGGUCCCUAGCUUAUGCAUCUCAAGGCAUCAACGAUGCGUAUAUAAUUUCUCUGAAUGCCAGGGAAUGCAUUGAUGCCACCAAAAGUGGAAGCCAGGCUAGAUUUAUAAACCAUUCAUGUGAACCAAAUUGUGAGACAAGGAAGUGGUCAGUUUUGGGGGAAGUUAGAAUUGGCAUAUUUGCAAUGAGAGAUAUAUCCAUUGGAACGGAACUGACUUAUGAUUAUAACUUUCAAUGGUAUGGUGGUGCCAAGGUUCAUUGUCUCUGUGGUGCCACCAGCUGCUGUGGUUUUCUUGGGGCGAAGUCUCGUGGAUUCCAGGAUACCGAUGUAUGGGAGGACAUUGAUGAAAGAUGCUCACUGGAAGAUAAACCUUCCUUAUCCAUGCGACCAGAGUCCAUGCCAAAGAAAAGGUCAAAAAAUAAUCAUAAUGGACCAUCAAGACCUCUCAACAGAGAGCAAGUUGAUGCUAAAUUUGUUGCCCAAUUCUUAGCAUCAAAGGAAGCUCAAGAGGAGAUCCUAAAAUAUGAGGAACAAAGGGAGGAGGCCUCAUCCCAUCUCCACUUGUUAUACAAGGAUGAAGUUGAACCUUCCAUAAAAGAAAAUGAAAUAUAUGGUAUAGAUGGUGUGCCAGCCAGUGUGGCUGAGAAAUGGAUAAGGGCUAGCUGCAUGAAACUCAAGGCAGAGUUUAAUCUUCAUUCCUCCAUUAUCAGAAAUAUUGCCUGCACACCUCAAAGAGCACCGGAUGAAGCACAACCUUCUGAAGGAGAACCCAAGCCUUGAAGGAAGAGACAUUGAGAAUGAGAUGAAGUGUUUGAUUCUUUCUCAACCAUGCACCACAUCUCUUUGUAAUGGCUUUUUUCACAAGUUUGUGAACUUUGAUGAUAGAUCCAAACGCUGUGAUGCGCAGAGCUGGUAUUCAAGGGUCUUUUAUAAUUCAAAUUUCUUAGUUGAAGUUGUUUCUCUCUCUGAAUUUACAUUUUGGAAACGGGGAUGUUUAGAAAAUGAUCCUUGCUUUCCUGGAAAAUGACCCUUUUCACCUGAAAAGCUUUCUUGAAAAAAAUAAGGUUUGUUUGGAUUAUGUACUUUUCUGAGUCUAUCUAAUGUUUGGUUUGAUUGUUGGUUCACUUUUUGUAAUCUCCUGUUUGUUAAGUUAUAGACAUCUAUGUAUGAAUAUUUAAUUUAUUGGUUUGAUCUAAAUUUGUACAUUGUGGAAGGAUGCCUUAUCCUUCUUAAUUCUUUAAGGCUACGUUUGGUUGGCGGUAUAUGAUAUGAAUGUCCGAAUAU